CACCCUAGAACACAAAGAUAAAGUAGAAGCUUUUUUUCUCUUUCAAAUGGGCUGCUUCUUGCCAUGGGGAUGCCUGCUCCUGGUCCUGUGCGUAGUCCACUCCAUGCCUCCGACUUCUUCAGGUUGCUUAACAGAGGAAAGGGCGGCCCUCAUGGAUAUUAGCUCUUGGUUCAUGAGGGCAAAGUCCGUGGUUCCCAGUUCAUGGGGACACGGUGAUGACUGCUGCUCCUGGGAAGGGAUCACGUGCGACAAUAGCACACGGCGAAUAUCGCGUCUCGAUCUUUCCCGACUCUACCAGUCAAUCCCUACCUAUGGAAGUGAUGGUUCCACGUCAAUCAAAUCUACGGAAGUUGCAUGCUGGAACCUCAACUUGACAAUCUUUUCCUCGUUCCGGGAGCUUGAGCUGCUAGAUUUCUCGGGAAAUUAUGCUUGCUUACAAAAUUUUGACGGUCUACAAGGAUUGGGUAAACUCAAGUAUCUCAACCUCAGUGAUAACAGUUUCAUGGGGAAUAUCCCAGAAUCUGUCAGCAACUUGGUUUCUCUGGAGGUCAUAAAUCUCAAGGGAAAUAACAUGAGUGGGGCUCUUCAAAAUAUAGGUUUAGAAAAUCUCCAGAACCUGCGAGAAUUGCAUCUGGGAUCCAAUCGAUUGAAUGGUAGCCUCCCAGCAUCUGUAUUUGCCCUUCCAUGCCUUGAGUACCUGGAUCUUUCAGAAAACCUCUUUGAAGGACAUAUACCUAUAAACUCAUCUUGGAAUUGUUACUCGUUGCUUCAAACUAUCCGGUUAUCCGGAAACAAGCUAAGUGGUAAAUUUGAUUUCUUCUGGCUAAGAAACUGUACCGAGCUCAAACAGAUAGAUCUGUCCAGAAAUACUGAUUUGGUUGUUCUAGUGAAAAUGCAUGGUUGGGUACCUAAAUUUAAAUUGACAACACUAGCGAUCUCUUGGUGCAACCUUGAUAAGAGCAUGAUUACAGAACCACAUUUCCUACGCACACAGAAUCAUCUGCAGUUUCUUGAUUUGUCCAACAAUAAUUUGCCGGGAAGCAUGCCCAAUUUUCUUUUCACAAAUGAAGCGGCACUGGUUUAUCUGGAUCUUUCAAACAACUUGUUAGUUGGAUCAGUAUACCCCAUUUGGCAAAACCAAAUUAAUCUUCAACUAGUGAACGUAUCUCUGAACAAUAUUGAAGGACAACUGCCGGCCAAUAUCAGUUCAAUGUUUCCCAAACUGGAGUUUCUCGACGUUUCUCGUAAUAAUAUGUCUGGUGCUGUACCCUCUUCACUGUGCAACAUUGGCAGCAUGGAAUCUAUGGACCUAUCAAAUAACAAUUUUACAGGAAAAGUACCUUCUUGCUUAUUCACUGAUUUUUCUGCAUUGAAUAUAUUGAAGCUCUCAAAUAAUAAUCUCAGAGGCCUGAUACUUGAUGGGGCUAGUAACUUGUCAGUCAUGUCGGCAAUAUACCUAGACAACAACAAAUUUGAAGGGACCUUCCCUAGAAAUCUGUCUGGUAAUGUCAAGAUCAUGGAUUUACAUGAUAACAAGAUGUCUGGAGAACUGGACACUUCACUAUGGGAUCUUCCUCGACUAGAAGCUUUGAGCCUUGCUAGAAAUAGUUUAAGUGGUGACAUUCAUCCAGAAAUUUGUAAAUUAACAAGUCUCCAGCUAUUAGAUCUAUCAGAUAACUACUUUACAGGGUGUAUACCAAACUGCAGCGUUACAUUAUCGCUCUAUUAUCUGGAUAUAUCUGGGAAUUUACUGUCAGGCUUCCCGAAUGCAUUUUUCAACAGCUCCUUCAUUACAGCUUUAGAUAUCAGCCGCAAUCAGUUCACAGGCAACCUUGAGUGGACACAAUAUCUUUCUGAAAUCAGUCUACUGUUGUUAGGCAGUAAUAAGUUCGAGGGACGAAUCUCUUCAAAUCUCUGUCGUCUCCAACACUUGAGUAUAAUUGACAUCUCUCACAACAGACUUUCGGGUACUGUACCACCGUGUAUUGGUAGCAUUCCAUUUGAAGAAGAUAAAAACUACAUAAUUGUUUGGCCCGGAACCAGCGGUUAUUUUGGAGGGGGUUUUGAUGUGUUUGACGAUACGGACUACUCGAGCUUCUCAUUUAGCAGUGGUUAUGAUCUUGGAAGCUUCACCUUCACAACUAAAGGGAAUCCUUACACAUAUGGACGCAACUUCUUCAUGUCGAUGUCUGGCAUGGACUUAUCUGCAAACAUGCUCUCAGGUGAGAUUCCGAAGGAGAUAGGGAAUUUGAGCCAUAUCAAGUCUCUGAAUUUGUCGAACAAUUUCUUUACCGGCUCCAUCCCUGAAACCUUUGCAAACUUGAGCGAGAUCGAAAGCUUAGACCUAUCCAAAAACAGGUUGACUGGAUCGAUACCACUGCAGAUAACCCGUAUAUCAUCACUGGAGGUGUUUUCUGUGGCAUACAACGACUUAUCAGGAUGUCUACCAGGCUCUGGUCAGCUCAGCACAUUUGAUAAUGACAGUUACAGAGGGAACAACAACCUCAGAUCAUGCACUUCAAGUUCAGGUCCCAUAUCACCGAAUGCUGUUGCAAGAAGUGUGACUGAUGAUUCUGACUCCAUCCUCUAUGUGGUCAGUGCUGUUUCAUUCGUCUUGGCAUUUUGGGCCACCAUCACAUUCGUGUUUUGCCAUCCAUUUGGACGGCGUGUUGUGCUUAAGCUGUAAUAGAUAUAUAUAGAGAGAUUGAUGAUGAAUACUUGUGAGCGGUGAUGACGUGUAAACAACAUACAGGCAGAUGACUUGGAAAUUGCUGUCCUAUUAUGCAUA